AUGGUCUUCCAGGCUCUCAGGCUCCUCUGCCUUCUGCUUGGGCUUCAGGGCUGUCUGGCUGCAGGCGGGGUCGCUGAGGCCUCAGGAGGAGAAACACGGGACAUGCCGUGGAAGCCGGGGCCUCACAGAGUCUUCAUAACCCAGGAGGAAGCCCACGGCGUCCUGCAUAGGCGCCGGCGCGCCAACACGUUCCUGGAGGAGCUGCGGCCGGGCUCCCUGGAGAGGGAGUGCAAGGAGGAGCAGUGCUCCUUUGAGGAGGCCCGGGAGAUCUUCAAGGACCUGGAGAGGACGAAGCUGUUCUGGAUUUCUUACAGCGAUGGGGACCAGUGUGCCUCAAGUCCAUGCCAGAAUGGGGGCUCCUGCAAGGACCAGCUCCAGUCCUAUAUCUGCUUCUGCCUCCCUGCCUUCGAGGGCCGGAACUGUGAGACGUACAAGGACGACCAGCUGAUCUGCGUGAACGAGAACGGCGGCUGUGAGCAGUACUGCAGUGACCACACGGGUGCCAAGCGCUCCUGUCGGUGCCACGAGGGGUACUCUCUGCUGGCAGACGGGGUGUCCUGCACACCCACAGUUGAAUAUCCAUGUGGAAAAAUACCUAUUCUGGAAAAAAGGAAUGCCAGCAAACCCCAAGGCCGAAUUGUGGGGGGCAGGGUGUGCCCCAAAGGGGAGUGUCCAUGGCAGGUCCUGUUGUUGGUGAACGGAGCUCAAUUGUGUGGGGGGACCCUGAUAAACACCAUCUGGGUGGUCUCCGCGGCCCACUGUUUCGACAAAAUCAAGUGCUGGAGGAACCUGAUCGCGGUGCUGGGCGAGCACGACCUCAGCAAGCACGAUGGGGACGAGCAGAGGCGGCGGGUGGCGCAGGUCAUCAUCCCCAGCACGUAUGUCCCAGGCACCACCAACCACGACAUCGCGCUGCUCCGCCUGCACCGGCCUGUGGUCCUCACUGACCAUGUGGUGCCCCUCUGCCUGCCCGAACGGACGUUCUCCGAGAGGACGCUGGCCUUCGUGCGCUUCUCAUUGGUCAGCGGCUGGGGUCAGCUGCUGGACCGUGGCGCCACAGCCCUGGAGCUCAUGGCCCUCAACGUGCCCCGGCUGAUGACCCAGGACUGCCUGCAGCAGUCACGGAAGGUGGGAGACUCCCCGAAUAUCACGGAGUACAUGUUCUGUGCCGGCUACUCGGAUGGCAGCAAGGACUCCUGCAAAGGGGACAGUGGAGGCCCACACGCCACCCGCUACCGGGGCACAUGGUACCUGACAGGCAUCGUCAGCUGGGGCCAGGGCUGCGCGGCCGUGGGUCACUUUGGGGUGUACACCAGGGUCUCCCAGUACAUCGAGUGGCUGCAAAAGCUCAUACGCUCAGAGCCACGCCCAGGUGUUCUCCUGCGAGCCCCAUUUCCCUAGCAGCAGCCCUGCCCCGUGGAGAGAAAGCCAACGCUGCGUAGAACUGUCCUGGCACCAAAUCCCAUCAACUCUUCUGCAGUUCAUGGGGUAGAGGAGGGCAUGGGAGGGAGGGAGAGGUGGGGAGGGA